AUGGAAGAAAAUGGAACUGGCCAUGAUGCCAGGAUGGAACAAUCUCAUGAUUUAUUAGUAGCCAACUAUAAUAAUACCGAAGAGUCAGAAAGAGAUGCUCAGGUGUUUCAGCAUCUAACGUGCAUGGAUUCCAGGGAUCCUUCCUUUGGACAAAAUGAUUCUUCUACAGUUUUGCCUAUCACAGUUGGUGUAGCAGAUAAUUUACACCUAUCACAGAAUGUACCAGUCCAGCUGUCCCAGCCACAGUCUCUUUCCACAGAACAGUUUCAUCUAGUAGACCAAAAUGGGCAACCAAUUCAGUAUGAGCUUCAGUCAGUAGGGGAUUCUAAUACUCAGAUGAUGAUUGUUACUAGUCCUUCAGAAAAUGGACAAGUGCUUCACGUAAUUCCAUCCACUCAGACAGGAAUGGCACAAGUUAUUAUUCCUCAGGGGCAGCUCCUGGAUGUUACCAGUCAUCAGGAUGCUUCAGAAGAGAAUCCCACUGAUGGACACUUACAGACUAUAGCAGUGGCUGCUAUAGCAGACAAUACCAAUAGUUAUAUUCUUCAUCCACAAGCGUCCCUCUCCUUGCCUAAAAGGACAACUAGAAUAGCUGAAGACCCUUUUCCCGUCCCUCUACAACCGCAUACUCCUACAUGGGCUAAUCGUCUAAGGAACUGUGAGAAAAUUGGAGAUUCAUACCGUGGUUAUUGUGUGAGUGAGACAGAAUUAGAAAGUGUACUCACACUUCACAAGCAGCAGACACAGAGUGUAUGGGGGACACGUCAAUCUCCAAGCCCAGCAAAACCUGCUACACGCUUAAUGUGGAAGUCCCAGUAUGUUCCAUAUGAUGGAAUCCCUUUUGUCAAUGCAGGGAGCAGAGCCAUAGUGAUGGAAUGUCAGUAUGGGCCAAGGAGGAAAGGUUUCCAGGCCAAAAAAACUGGUGAGCAGGAAAGCACCUCCUCCUGUCAGCUCUACAAAGCCACUUGUCCAGCACGGAUUUACAUUAAAAAGGUACAGAAAUUUCCUGAUUAUCGAGUUUCUACUGACCCCAAAAUUGAUAGAAAAAUCAUAAGAAUGGAACAGGAGAAAUCCUUUAACAUGCUAAAGAAGAAUUUGAUAGAUGCUGGAGGAGUUAUCAGGUGGUAUGUACAGUUGCCCACCCAAAAGGCUCAUCAGUAUCAUGAACUAGAAACAUCUUGCCUCCCUCCUUCUCCUUCCCCUCUCCCUGUGUCUUCACUUGAGGAUGAGGAAGAUACAGUUCGGGAUGAGAACUGUACUUUAUCCUCACGUCUACAUCCACAAGUAGCAGAUAAAAUCAGAGAGCUGGUAUCUCAGGGAAUAGAGCAAGUCUAUGCAGUGAGGAAACAACUAAGAAAAUUUGUAGAGAGAGAAUUGUUCAAACCUGAUGAGAUACCCGAGAGACAUAAUUUGUCCUUUUUCCCAACUGUGAAUGACAUAAAAAAUCACAUUCAUGAGGUACAGAAGUCCUUGAGAAAUGGAGAGAUGGUGUAUAAUUCAGAAACUCUUCCAGCUACGCUCCAAUGGACCACAGACAGUGGGAACAUUCUCACAGAGACUGUAACAGUUACAUUUGCAUCACCAUCCACCGAGGGAAGCUCACCAGGAGAAUCGAUUAUCACUAAAGUGGAAGCAAAUCAGACAGGGGAGUCUUUGUCUCCAGAGACAGCCCAGUUACUCUCUUCACUCUCUUCACUUCAGCCCAAAAUAUUUGCACAGUUGCAGGGUUUACAGUUACAACCAGCAUUCACCUCUACUGAUGGAACAACUGCUUUGAUAUCAGUAAAUAAUCACUCCCAUUCUACUUCUACAAACCUUCUGGAUUCAGUAGGAAGUGCUGUAAUGAACCAUUCUCUCGUGCUUACUCAAGGACAUAAUCUUCAAGCAGGAACCUGCCUAACACACAAUCAUACUGCUUCUUCUACACUGGGUAACAUUCCAGGGCCAGAUCAGAACCUUGUUACAAUGGGCCAACUGGUAGCAUUUGGAGGCAUUGAAGAUGCAGCAAGCCUGGAAGCAAGUGUUCAUCAGAUACUUUUGGGAGAUGUACAAACCAUUCCAAUCAGGAUUGUGAACAACCAUCCAACUCUGAUUGAAGAAAAUCCACAAGGUUCUAUUUCUCUGAGUCAAGUUAAGGAAGAACCCAGUGAACCAACAUCUUCUGAGCAAGCAGAUAAUAUCCUGGUCAGAAAUACCUCAUCCAUGAUUUAA